AAAUCAAGCAUUAUUAUGGAAGGUUAGCUAGCAGUCUCGCACCAGACAUCAAGACUUGUCUAAUAUACAAAAUAAUAAAAUACGCUGUCGUGCAGCUCUCGUCCAACUGUUAUCUUUCUAUCGCCGGAUCUUUUUCCGAUCGACGCCGUUGAAUUCGACGUUACAGUUUGUUUACUGUCGCAAGCGCAAUGUCAGGAGCGGGGGAUGCCAAACAAGUCGAAGGAGAUGUUCCCAAGGAAACUGAUAGUUCAGCCCAGCAGGAGGAGGAAGUAAUUAAAAAGAAGUAUGGUGGAAUCGUACCUAAGAAAACACCACUUAUUUCAAAGGAUCAUGAGCGUGCGUACUUUGAUUCUGCUGAUUGGGCUUUGGGAAAGCAAGGUGCACAGAAGCCUAAAGGGCCACUGGAGGCACUUAGGCCUAAACUUGAGCCAACACAACAACCAACAAGAUACCGGAAAUCUCCUUGUGCUCCAGCAGAUGGAGGAGAUGGGAGUCCCUCGGAUGAUUCUCCUUCAAAUGAAUAAAGAAGCGAUGCUGGUCUCUUUCUGUUCUCAGGGGUACCCAUAGCUAAUCAGAUGGUUAUGAAGUUGAUGACACUGAUUCAAUAAUUUUUGACAAUGUAUUGAUGUUCACAGGAAAAAAGAAAGAAAAAAUCUAUUUCAAGUGGAUUAGCCUUGUUUUUUACAAGGUCAAUGACCCUCCCCGUUGUAUGUUAAUGUAAUUCACGUAAAAA